UGUUUUUAAUUUAAUUUGGUAACACUGGUAUAAUAAAUCACUAGUGCGAAACAUGUGUUAAAUGUACAUGUUAAUUUGUAUUUGUUAUUAAAUAUUUAUACAUUUGAGAUUUUACGCGAAAGUAACACCGUCAUUUAGAUUUACGUUGAUAGAUAGCCAAGGAGCUAACAUGUGAGUAGCUGCUUCUGUUGACUUGACAGCUACACCUCUUAACUCAUGACAAUAAAACAGCAAGUAUUCAAUGAAGAGAAAGGUUUAGAAUAAACGGACGUUGAUACGUUUUUUGUUUUCCUUUUUAACAUAUCCUGCUUCUGCAAAAAAAGCUAACAUUGAAGCUAAAGUUAGCAUGUCCUCUGUCAGCCACUGUCAACACUACAGGCUUCUGUAAAGUUUCAGAAGAUCAGAAGAGCUGCAGCUUCAGUACAUCAUGUCUUCCUGCACAAGGUUGCUUUACUUUGUGAAGCACAGAACCUUGUGGACUCAUGUUCGGAGAAAUCUCACAACAUGGUCUCCUGUUGGAGCUGCUUUCAAUGCCAAACCUCAAAGAAGACCAAAUCUGGUGGAGAAAAACGUGGGUUUGUUUGGAGUGACUGAGCUCAGCUGUCCUGCAGGCUUUCAGGCGGCCACAGAGACGGCUCUGAGGAACACACGACGGCUGGUGGACAAAGUUAUUUCUGGUCCUUCGGGUGUGGAGACAGUCGAGUCUUUUGAUCAGCUCUCAGAUGAGUUGUGUAAAGUGGCUGAUCUGGCAGACUUUGUUAAAGUAGCUCAUCCAGACCCAGCGUUUCGCGAGGCUGCAGAGAAGAGCUGCAUAGAGAUCGGCACGGUGGUGGAGAAACUGAACACUAAUGUGGAGCUUUGUAAUAGUCUUAAAAAAUUGCUGGAGAACCCAGACACCGCGUCUCAGCUGGAUCCUGACUCCAGACGAGUGGCAGAGUUGUUCAUGUUCGAUUUUGAAAUCAGUGGGAUUCAUCUGGAUGAGAAGCUGAGGAAGGAGGCGGUGGCUCUUCAUGUGAAGCUUCUGGAUCUAAACAACGAGUUCCUGGUCAAUUCUCACCAGCCCAACAGGAUCGCCAGGUCUGCGAUUCCCGAACAUCUACACCUGCACUUUGCCAGUGAAGGAAGCUUCAUCCAAGUGGGGGGAUUACACGCUGACUCCCCCGAUGACUUGGUAUGUGCCUGA